AAUUAGCCAAAGCUCAUGUUAAUGUUACACACUCAUGCAGUGACCGAGCCAUUUGCCAUAUCAACACACAGGAAUCUCAGUGUACUUCACCCAAUUUACAAACUCCUUUAUCCUCACUUCCGUGACACCUUCAGCAUAAACUCAUUUGCUAGGAAGUCCCUGAUCAGUGCAGGUGGCAUUAUAGAACAAACAUUUUUGCCUGGACCAUAUUCUAUGGAGAUGACUGCCGCUGUAUACAAGAAUUGGGUUUUCGCUGACCAAGCUUUACCGAAGGAUCUCAUCAAAAGAGGAUUGGCGGUGAAGGAUGUGAGUGCACCUCAUGGGUUGAGGCUUGCGAUAGAGGACUAUCCUUAUGCUGUUGAUGGACUAGAAAUAUGGAAUGCUAUUAAGCUAUGGGUACAAGACUACGUGCAUCUGUAUUAUUCAGACGAAGGGGCAAUUGAAAGAGAUUGGGAAUUGCAAACAUGGUGGGAGGAAGCUGUGGAGAAGGGUCACGGUGACUUAAGGGCACCAUGGCCUGAACUUCAUAGUUCUCAAGAUCUGGUUGAGAUUUGCACUACCAUCAUAUGGGUUGCUUCAGCUCUUCAUGCCGCUGUUAAUUUUGGACAGUAUUCUUAUGGAGGUUAUAUCAUGAACCGUCCUACACAAAGCCGGAGAUGGAUCCCAAAAGCAGGAACUGAAGAGUAUGAAGAGGCGAAGAACAAUCCUCAAGAAGCUUUUCUGAAAACAAUUACUGCAAAGUACCACACCAUUAUUGAUCUUUCAGUGAUGGAGCUACUAUCAACACAUUCUUCAGACGAGGUUUAUCUUGGACAAAGGGACAGUCUCAUUUGGACUUCUGAUGAAGAAGCAAACGCUUUGUUUAAAAGAUUUACAGAUGACUUAGGAAAAAUUGAGAAAGACAUCUCUGACAGGAACAACAACAAAGAACUUAAAAAUCGUACUGGACCGGUCCAAAUGCCCUACACUGUUCUUCUUCCCACCAGUGAACCGGGAUUGACUUUCAGAGGAAUCCCUAACAGUAUCUCUAUCUAAAUGCACGCUUCGUCGUCGCUUCCUUCUGUUUUCUUCUUUCAAUAACAGCCGCAUGUUACGUGCAUGCCGACUCACUGUGUGUGUUCUUGUUGAACUCACUGGAAC